UCAUGGAUAAACCCCAGCGGGAAAAAUCUCUUCCACAAUCUUACCCGACAAAAUCAAUUUGUACAAGAUACUUCACUUCAUCACUUUUGGAUAUUUUUUUUGCUGAGAUUUUUGUUCAAUUUCUGCAAGAAGAACUUCAUUGGCAGAACGUUGGAGCUACCACUGAGUCGACUCAGUGACGCUCAAAAAAUGGCAAUGGCCACUUUCAGUACUAUAUCGUACUGUCAUCACCGGCUCUGGUGGCAACCCAACACUUCUAAGCUACUACCUGUUUCUUGCUUUAUGCCGCCUCCUUCCUACUCAGGUACUCAUGGGUCUAGAGCGGGCCCGAAGCGAUCUGGAAGAUUAGAAGGUGCGGGAAAGAGCAUGGAAGAUUCCGUGAAGAGGAAAAUGGAGAUGUUCUACGAAGGGUCUAACGGACCGCCGCUUCGUGUUCUUCCGAUUGGUGGUUUAGGAGAAAUUGGAAUGAACUGCAUGCUUGUUGGGAAUUACGAUCGCUAUAUACUUAUUGAUGCCGGUGUCAUGUUCCCAGACUAUGAUGAACUCGGUGUUCAGAAAAUUUUACCGGAUACAACAUUUAUUAAGAAGUGGAGUCAUAAAAUUGAAGCGGUUGUGAUAACACAUGGCCAUGAAGAUCACAUUGGUGCAUUACCUUGGGUUAUACCGGCUUUGGACUUACGUACUCCAAUAUAUGCGUCAUCCUUUACAAUGGAGCUUAUUAAAAAGCGUUUGAAGGAAUCAGGAAUAUUUGUGCCAUCAAGGCUUAAAACAUUUAAAAUGAAGAAAAAAUUCACUGCUGGACCAUUUGAAAUAGAGCCUAUUCGUGUCACGCAUUCUAUUCCCGAUUGUUCUGGAUUAGUUCUUCGAUGUUCUGAUGGUGUUAUUCUUCAUACGGGGGACUGGAAGAUAGAUGAGUCACCAUUGGAUGGACAAGUGUUCGACCGUGAAGGUUUAGAACAACUCGCGAAAGAAGGCGUAACUUUGAUGAUGAGUGAUUCAACGAAUGUUCUCUCACCCGGAAGAACAACAAGUGAAACCGUUGUAGCUAAUUCACUGCUACGGCAUAUUACAGCCGCAAAAGGAAGGGUUAUUACUACUCAGUUUUCGUCAAAUAUUCAUCGGCUUGGAAGUGUUAAAGCUGCAGCAGAUUUAGCUGGCAGGAAGUUGGUAUUUGUUGGGAUGUCGUUACGGACAUACCUUGAUGCCGCAUGGAAAGAUGGAAAAGCGCCAAUUGACCCUUCAACUCUUGUUAAAGUUGAAGACAUUGAUGGUUAUGCGCCAAAAGAUUUGGUAAUUGUCACUACCGGCUCACAAGCAGAACCUCGUGCUGCACUUAAUCUUGCGUCAUACGGAAGCAGUCAUUUUUUCAAGUUGAACAAAGAAGACACAAUUUUGUACUCUGCUAAGGUGAUCCCUGGUAACGAGUCUCGAGUGAUGAAAAUGAUGAAUCGUUUAUCGGAAAUUGGGCCGACAAUAGUAAUGGGGAAAAACGAGCAAUUACACACAUCGGGUCAUGCCUAUCGCGAAGAAUUACAAGAAGUGCUGAGGAUUGUUAAGCCGCAACAUUUUCUACCUAUCCAUGGAGAACUCUUAUUCCUUAAAGAACAUGAAGUACUUGGAAAAUCCACUGGAAUUCAUCACACAACGGUCAUAAAGAAUGGAGAAAUGCUUGGUGUUUCUCAUUUGAGGAAUCGAAGAGUCUUGUCUAAUGGUUUCGUAGCCCUCGGAAAAGGGAAUUUGCAGUUGAUGUAUAGUGAUGGUGACAAAGCAUUCGGAACAUCUACCGAACUGUGUGUGGAUGAGAGGAUGAAAAUAGCAACAGAUGGAAUAAUAGUUGUCAGCAUUGAAAUCAUGCGGCCUCAAUCAACAGACAGUUUAUUCAAAGAAACCUUAAAAGGAAAAAUACGAAUAACUACACGGUGCUUAUGGGUCGACAACGGGAAACUUCUAGACGCUCUUCAUAGUGCUGCACAUGCUUCAUUAUCAAGUUGUUCAAUCAAAAGCCCAUUACCUCAUAUAGAACGAACCGUAUCAGAGGUCUUAAGAAAAAUGGUAAGAAAAUAUAGCGGUAAAAGGCCCGAAGUCAUCACGCACGCUAUCGAGAACCCGGUUGCGGUUCUUGCUGAUGAAAUUAAUGGAAAAUUGUCUGGUCUUCAAAGUGGGUUCGAGAUGCCUUUGGGAAAAACGGUUGAUGGAAGCCCAAAAAAGAAACGGGCUUCGAAGAUUCAACAAGAAAGCAAAGAUCUUGAUCCUUUAUCGGGCCCGCGUGAAACUAAAGAUGAUGUGAUCAACGAUGACGAAUUAUUAUUAUCAGAAGAAGAAACUGCAACUAGUUCCGUUUCCGAUUCCGAGUCAUCGGAUGAUUUUUGGAGAGCAUACACAAAUACCGAUUCCAUUGAGGAAUUAGAAAACAACAUCAAGGAUUCAAAUACAAAGAAACCGGUAAAAAGAAACAGAUGGAAACCAGAAGAAGUUAAAAAACUUAUUAAGUUUCGCGGGGAAUUAAAUAAUAGAUUUCAAGUUGUGAAGGGUCGAAUGGCACUUUGGGAAGAGAUAAGCUCGAACCUUUCGGAUCAAGGGUUCAGUCGAAGCCCUGGCCAAUGCAAAUCGUUAUGGGCUUCACUGGUUCAAAAAUAUGAGGAAAGUAAGAAUGAACCCGAAAGCAAAAGAAGCUGGCAAUAUUACGAGGACAUGGAUGAAAUUUUAUCGACCCCUGAUGCAAUAGCCAAGAAGUGAUCCAAAAGUAUAACGUGACAUUCAUUACGAUUUGCUUAAGAUAAUGUUACGAUCAUGAUGAAGAAAGUUGUGGUGGCCUUGAGAAGCAUAAAAUUUUGUAAUUCAAUGUAGACAGUAAAUUAGUUGAUGAGCAUAUCAUUGUCGCUUCUAUAUCCUUAUUCUUGUAUGAUAUGUAUUUUCCGCCAAGUUUGCUUCGUUUCAUGUUUUGAAACCGAACGUCUGAUUUUGUGAAAUCAAAACUCAUUGGACGUAUUUUGUCACUCGAACUAGUUUAUUUGGUUUAUGUUCGAUCGUGAACGCUGAUUAUCAAA